AUGGAAGAUCAGUUUCAGGGAAUCCAGCUCGGCUUCGAGGAGGAAGAUCCUCGGGACCGACCUAGCGAGGCCGCCAUCGUGGUUGUGGGCCGUGAUAGAGAAUGGGAGACGGAAGGCCAAAACGUGCCGUUCUUCAACCUGCCCCGCGAGCAACUGCAAGACGUGCAGGCUGUGCUCUACACCUGGUACCAAGGCCAGGAACUAGGCAAUGCGGCGGCCGCGAUUCUCUGUGGCCACGCGGACGAGGUUCACUACACCGAGGAUCUGUUUGUUGGUUACCGCUGGUGGGAUCUGCUAUCUAUCGAACCGUUGUUUCCAAUCGGAUAUGGCCUCUUAUACAACGAAUUCGAGGUGGUGCCGGGCUCGAUCAGCACACACACCUUGAAAGUCGGCUCUUCCGACUUGACUGUCACUGCGCAUGUGACCAACACCGGUGGGAGCGACUUGCCAGGCCGGGAGACUGUGAUUGCGUGGUUCUCUCCGUGCGGACCCACGAGACUGAGGCGGCCCAAGAAGCAGAUCUGUGGAUUUGCCAAGUCCCGGCCAUUGCUGCCCGGUGAGACGCAGGAGGUCGAGGUUCAAAUCGGCUACCGGGCGUUGGGGAUGUUCGACACCUGCAGGAACCUCUGGGUCAUUGACGCUGCUAGUGAGUUCGAAUGGCUCAAAGCCAUAUUCAAGCGCUUUGAGAAGCCCUCGGCUCUAUACUGCGUAGGACAGACAAUUCCUGCAUCGUUGAUCGAUACCACUGCAUUCAAUCUGGAUCAUGAAAAGCCGGCCGAUUUUGAGCAAGAUAGUGAUCUCGAGUCAGUAGCACCAGCUGAACUCUUCGAGGGUGCAACCGCUGUGGUCACGUCAAGCUCGUUCAGGGAACAACUGAGAGCUGUGAAGGCUAACAAGCGGGCAUGUCUAGCCGGUGAAUACUGUGCUAUCACUUCCAGCUCGAAGUUUCAAACCUUCAAAGACGCAGUACGUUUGUCUGACUGCCAUACUGCCAAAGCGUUUGCCUGCUCGAUCACCCCCAUCUUGAUCAGAUACGAUCUGACGCUGAUCGGCUCCAUCCCUGUGAUGACAUCAAGCUAG